AUGCGUGAGGGGGAUUGGAACCGAGCCGCUCUCACGUGACACUUUCUUGUGACCAACAUUCCAAUGUUUUAAGCGAGAUUUGUGUUUUUAUGUGAAGUCAGGAACAGGGAGAGCGCGCGCGGAGGAGGUGUUACAAUAACGCGGUGAAGGGUUUGUUUUUAUCUUAAAACCCGUUUAGUUUUUUGCUGAGGUGAUGCACAAGCUCUAAAGUUUGGAUGAGCAGGGAUGGACAGGGCCCGGAGGACGGAGUGUGUCUGAUAAAGGUCCGGUUUAAUCAGUACUGUGUUCCUGAAUCAUUCAGCACUAAUGGCUGAGACGCAACACACUGAGAGCUCACGAUGCAGUUGUUUUUUCCUUUACGAUUUCUCUAAAGUUCGGGAGGAAGGAGAUCCGACCCGCGCAGGCAUCUGCUACUACUACCCUGAAAACACUCCACUGGAUGAUCAGGAGUUGGUGUGUGGUCAGCUGGCCGGUGUAAGUCGCUGUGUGUCAGAGAUUUCAGCGUCUCCACUCCGUCUGCUUCGUCUGCGCAAGAGCAAAUACGCCAUCCGCAUGAGAGACCACUUCCUCUGGGCUCUGAGCUGUGUUAACGAUCUCCCGGAUGUCAGUGUGUGUGAUCUCCUGGAUCAGCUGAUCGAUCUGUUCUGUUUCUAUAAUGGCUCGGUGCGUCGCAGCUAUCAGCUCCACACUAGGGAGGAGCUGGCUGUAUCUUGGGCGCGCUACCUCUCUCACCUGCAGGGCGGCGCUACUGAGCUGCACCACAUCUUAACCUGCCUCAGAACCGUCGAUUACACACAAAUUGAUCCGCUGCUGUUGCUGAAGGCCGCUCUCAUCCUGCAGGCGUGUCAGCGCUGCCCCCUGGUGUUAACAGGCUGUAUUUUCCACCGCGGAAGAAUGGUGAGCACUCGGAUGUCUCCAGAGCUGACGAUGAAGGUGAUGGUGCAUGAAACAGAGACGUACAGCCUACAGGAGAAGAAGAGAUCAGGCAGUGGGAGGAGCUCAUUUCUGUCCAUGCCCCCCAGCACAACAUCAACACCAGUGUUUCUGACGCCCUCCGAGCUGCACGCCCUUCGCCGCCCUCCAGUGGACAACUCCGCAUCCUGCAGAUCUGAAUCUCCUGAACGACCAGUGAAGCCCCGCCUCCUUUCUCGCACCCUCUCCGACACCCCCAUCGCUGACCCGUCGUCCAGUCGGAUGUUGACGUCCUCCCCUGACUCCUCCCUCUCUGACGAUGCGAGUUUCAGCUUGUGUCCCUCAUUAGCAAGCACGCCGUUUCGCUCCAACCAGCCAGGAGACGGAGACGCCGCUGAGUCACGUGACCACGCCAUGGCGAGUGAGAUGCUGCUGUUUGAGGCUUCAGCACCCGGUGAAGGAGAGGACAGCGAGCGGGAGCGGGUCGAUGAUGUCAGCGGAAGGUAUCGGAACCGCAGCACCAGUGAGGAGGAGAAACUCAGAGCUGUCGGGGACGAGGAGGAGGAGGAGGAGGAGGAAGGGGCGGGGCAAGAGAAUGACAUCAGAGAGAGGAGGAGCAGCAGAGAGGAGGAGUGUGUGGGGGUGUGUGAGGGGAGUGACGAGGUGCUGGAGCCCAUGCUGCUGUAUGAGCACCGGGUCAGAGGGCUUGUACUUAUACUGCUGGUCGAACCCGGCUUCGACACACACCCCAACGCCAAACAGGAAGUGUACCACAGCAGUCUGGCGUCUCUGAACGGACUCGAAGCUCACCUGAGGACGCUCCCACCUGCGCCUGAGAACCCUGCAGCGCCGUACACCUUCGCCCACUUCGACCGCAUCCAGAACACACUCACCACGAACCUGUGUGGUUCUACAGGACCUCAAGAUCGCCCGUUUGUGAAAGCCACAGCCCUGCUGCACUCGCACUUCUCACGUGAGGACAUGCUGCAGGAAGCCAUUAUCAGGAGCGCCAGCUGUGCUCUCUACGCCUCCCGCACUGUGGCCCAGGAGACCUUCUUUGUCCAGCAGGGGGCGCCUGUGAGGAACUCUGGGAUACCGAACGGCCAGGACAGCGCCUUCUCUCUGCCGAGUAAAGCUCGCCAUCGCUUACUCAAACAUGGGGUCAACCUGCUCUGAGCUUCAACACACACUUUCUCUCACAGAAACAGAGAUUAUUAUCAUUAUUAUUAUUAUUAUUAUACAGAUGAUUAUUAAUAAGUUUGACACAGAGCCUCAAUGUGUUAGCUAUGUAAUGAUCUAGCACCCUAGUGUAUGUGCACUAUAUAGGGCUUAUAGUAAAGCGUCCUGUGCACUACAUAGUGUCUGAGAUCACAUCACGAACAUUCCUAUAUAAUUUGAUAUUUGUGUGUGUGUGUGCAUUUUCAGAAAAAAACGGUACUUAACAAUAGUUUUUAUUAAGGUAUUAUAAAGCACACACCUGUAAUGUGAAUAUAGUUAAAGAAUUUAAAGGUCCCCAUUUCCAGAUCAAAGAUGCACACUAAAGAUAAAGGUGUCCACCUGACCCACGAGAAAAAGUACAGUUUGGUCCGCUUACUUUCCCGAGAGUGUAAAAACAUGUUGUUUUAAAGCUUUUUUUGUGAUAAAUUAUAAAUAAAGGUGAUAUUUAUAC